UCCAACCAAUCAAAUGUAUUAGUAAAGCCCUUUAUGAAGACUUACCCUUCUCUUCUCCGCCUCUCCUCUCCUCCAGAUGGUGAUGUACAUCAGCCAGGCGCAGGCUGUGCUGAAGCUGCCUCGCCCUCUAUUGCCCCUGGUGGUUCAGCUGGAGAAGCGUGUGGACGCUGUGUAUGGCCUUCCCACCACCCAUGCCAUGGCUGCCACUACCAUCUUUACCCUCCUCCUCAGUGUCCCUUCCAGGGUUCAGUUCCAGUUUAAAGUGGGUCUGCUUGUGGCGGUGGUGUUGUCUGUGUAGGUGUGUCUGAGGCGUCUGUACACAGGCAUGCAUUCUGAUCUGGAUGUGAUCUGUGGUGCUUUAAUCUCAGCCACAUUGAUAGUGGUCACCUACCCAUACUGGGAAACAUUUGACCGGCUCCAGCUCACCUCCCCACUCGGGGCAUUGGUGCUGGCCUUCUUCCUGAGCUACACCUACCCCGAGCUGGACCAUUACACCACCAUCCUGGGGGUGAGUGCAGGCUGUUCUGUGGGCUACUGGAUGAAGAGGCUGGGGGUGACGUUUGAGCCCCAGGGGGUGCUACCCGUACCCCUGCCAGCACUGACAUUGGGUGGCUUAGCCCUGGAGCGCCGCUUUGUGGUGGGUGUCAUGGCGUUGGUGGCGACUCGACAGAUGGUGAAGACAGCCAGUCUGUGGGUGCUGUGCUCCUGCUAUGGACUGUCGGUCAAAGAAGAUGCCAGGAGGAAGGAGAUUGAGGUGCCGUAUAAAUUCACCACCUAUACAUUCAUAAGCUUGGUCCACUCUAUUCUGGUCAAUAGACUGUUCAUAAUACUGGGACCGCUAUGACCCAAUGCUGUUACUAUAUAACAUGAAUGAUGACAGGAUCCUAGCAAGUGUUGUAUAAAAAUGUGCCUUGUAUAUUUGUGACAUUUGUACAUUUUAUACAUUGAUUCUGUAUUUCACACAUUGUGUAACUCUGAAAGACUGAAGACAAAGUAAAAAAAUUCUGAAUUACACCAAUUUUAUUUAACAUGUUAUUUGCAUUAUUUGUUAUUUGACCGUUUUAUCCCUUCACUUUUGUAAGUUCUUGAUACCUGCUUCCUCUCACUACCACAACCAUACCUAAGCAACACCUGCAUAAUUACAGUACUGCAUUGUACUGUCAGAGUUUAUGUCCUGUUGUAUCUUUCAUUAAGUAGAUGAAGCUCCGUCCAAGAGCAUUCGACCCACCUAACAAGACCAUGCAAGUCAAAAAUAAACAAUGAAACCUGUUGAACCACAGCUGUGGCUUCCUGUUAUUUACACUCAUACAGCAUAUAGGCCUAAUGCACUGUAAGACAAACCUUUAAUGUAAAUGACUGAAUUAAAAUGAUUGCUCAGAGCAAUGUCUUUCAAUGGUACAGUAUAUGGGUUAAAAGCUCAUGUGAAACAGGACUGCAGUGAAUUCAGAAAUACAGGGCUGCAGUGAAUUCACAGGCUGAUGUCUCAUUUUUAUUACCAUGGAGAUAAAAAUACAGCCACACUUCUUAUAUACAGUGCCUUCUGAAAAUAUUCAGACCUCUUUCCUUUUUCCACAUUUUGUUACAUUACAGCCUUAUUCUAAAAUGUUUUUUUUUUUUUUUUAAAUCCCCUCAAUCUACACACAAUACCACAUAAUGACAAAGCAAACAGGUUUUUAGAAAAUGUAUGAAAUAAAAAAAACUGAAAUACCUUCAGACCCUUUUUUCCCUCGAGACUCGAAAUUGAGCUCAGGUGCAUCCUGUUUCCAUUGAUCAUCCUUGAGAUGUUUCUACAACUUGAUUGGUGUCCACCUGUGGUAAAUCCAAUUGAUUGGACAUGAUUUGGAAAGGCACAAACCUGUCUAUAUAAGACCCCACAUUUGACAGUGCAUGUCAGAGUAAAAACCAAGCCAUGAGGUCGAAGGAAUUGUCCGUAGAGCUCCGAGUCAGGAUUGUGUUGAGGCACAGAUCUGGGAAAAAAAUGUCUGCAGCACUCAAGGUCCCCAAGAACACAGUGUCCUACAUCAUUCUAAAAUAAAAGACGUUUGGAACCACCAAGACUCUUCCUAGAGCUGGCCACUUUGUCAAAUUGAGCAAAUCGGGAAUGAAGGGCCUUGGUCACGAAGGUGACCAAGAACCCGAUGGUCAAUCUGACAAAGCUCCUCUGUAGAGAUGGGAGAACCUUCCAGAAGGACAACCAUCUCUGCAGUACUCCACCAAUCAGGCCUUUAUGGUAGAGUGGCCAGACGGAAGCCACUCCUCAGUAAAAGGCACAUGACAGCCCGCUUGGAGAUUGCCAAAAGGCACCUAAAGCCCCUCAGAAACAAGA